GGGGGUGGAUUCUGCGCUCUAAAUGGUCCUGCCAUCUAGACACAAAUCUGAAAAUUAUUCGCGAGGGGGUGGUGUCGCGCGACGUUCCACGCCGUUUUCUCAGUAUGGAAAGGAGGGUGUGUUUCAGCACUUAACGGGUCCUUGAUAGUACUUCUGGCAAUGUUCGCGAAAGUGCAGAAUGUAUCGUGUGGAUAGUGGUGGCAGGAAGACGACGAAACACGGCACCCAAAGUGUGGCGGUUCGCGCCCUCCGGUCGGAUCGGGCCAUGGACUUGUCUUCUCUCGCCCGCAUCCGAUGAUCCAAUAAUCUCCAAAGUGAGAGCGAGAUGCUCGCGAUGUGGGGAUCGCCGACCCUGCGGCUCUUCAUGAUCCUGACUUAUCUCUUCAUCAAAGGCGAUUGCUCCGAAGAUGAAGAGAGAUUGGUGCGCGACUUAUUCAGGGGCUACAAUAAGCUGAUUCGCCCCGUCCAAAAUAUGACCGAGAAAGUGGACGUCAGAUUUGGUCUCGCCUUCGUCCAGUUGAUUAAUGUGAACGAGAAGAACCAAAUCAUGAAGUCCAACGUUUGGUUAAGAUUGGUAUGGAACGAUUACCAAUUGCAAUGGGAUGAGGCUGAUUAUGGAGGCAUAGCUGUUUUGCGAUUGCCCCCGGACAAGGUCUGGAAGCCCGACAUCGUGCUGUUCAAUAAUGCCGACGGUAAUUACGAAGUCAGGUAUAAAUCGAACGUGUUAAUUUAUCCAAACGGCGAGGUGCUCUGGGUGCCUCCUGCCAUCUACCAAAGCUCCUGCACCAUCGACGUGACGUACUUUCCGUUCGACCAACAGACGUGCAUAAUGAAGUUUGGUUCCUGGACGUUCAACGGAGACCAGGUUUCCCUUGCGCUCUACAACAAUAAAAAUUUUGUUGAUUUAUCCGAUUAUUGGAAGUCCGGCACGUGGGACAUCAUCGAAGUGCCCGCCUACCUCAACAUUUACGAGGGCAAUCAUCCCACCGAAACGGACAUCACCUUUUAUAUUAUAAUCCGGCGGAAAACCUUGUUCUACACAGUUAAUUUAAUCCUUCCCACGGUGCUCAUCUCGUUCCUCUGCGUCCUCGUAUUUUAUUUGCCCGCAGAGGCCGGCGAAAAGGUCACCCUUGGCAUCAGCAUUCUGUUGUCGCUAGUGGUGUUCCUGCUGCUCGUAUCCAAAAUCCUGCCACCCACCUCGCUCGUAUUACCUCUCAUUGCCAAGUACCUACUUUUCACAUUCAUCAUGAACACCGUCAGUAUUUUAGUCACCGUUGUUAUAAUUAAUUGGAACUUUAGAGGUCCACGCACACACAGAAUGCCUUCGUGGAUCCGGUCAGUAUUCUUGAACUACCUGCCGGCGAUGCUGUUGAUGAAGCGACCGAGGAAGACACGACUGCGAUGGAUGAUGGAGAUGCCAGGGAUGGGUGUACCGCCUCACCCGUACGGCUCGCCUGCCGACAUACCCAAGCACAUAAGCUCAAUCGAGUCUCAAAGCAAAGUGGAAGUGAUGGAGCUGUCCGACCUGCACCAUCCCAAUUGUAAAAUAAACAGAAAACUGAAUACCGAAAUCGGGGUUGGCGUGGGUGCGGAAAGUUGUAGGCGGGAAAGCGAAAGUUCCGAUUCCAUACUUCUCUCCCCGGAAGCUUCGAAGGCUACCGAGGCUGUCGAGUUCAUCGCCGAACAUCUGCGCAACGAAGAUCUCUACAUUCAGACGCGCGAGGAUUGGAAGUACGUUGCGAUGGUGAUCGAUAGACUCCAACUGUACAUGUUCUUCAUAGUCACGACUGCCGGAACUGUGGGAAUCCUAAUGGACGCUCCUCACAUCUUCGAAUAUGUUGAUCAAGAUCGAAUCAUUGAGAUUUAUCGCGGCAAAUAGGGGCGCACAUGCCCAAGAAUAGAAACAAACAAAAGUAAUAAUAAUAAUAACAAUAGAACAGAAUCUGAACGUAUAAGUAUAACAUGGCUUCCUAAUAGCUGGCAAAAAUCAUGUGGCUUCCAUGGGACAGCACACAGAGCAUUAAUCUUCAUGUUGUGGUUAUUUAUUCCGGAUUCUUCUAGAGCGCCUCUACGUGAUGGCUGCACGAUAUCUAUCAUCAUCUAUAUAACUCAUCAUCUUGUUCCUUGUAUUAUUUUUGCCGAGUGACAAUCGACUUAUUAUUACCAUACCAUAAUAAUAAUAAUGAUAACUAAAUACCAAUCCCCGUUACUGGCGGUUAUCAAAAGCAAAUGGAAACGGAGAACAUAAGAAAAUGGAAGCUGAUCCACAACUGUGAUCGCGGAAUCCCGCGAAAAUGGCUCGCACACUUCAAAACUUAAUAAUUAAAUAAACAUUAACCAAAUUCAUCUCGAAUUCGGUCGGUCCAAAUUAUACCGGGGGAAACUAUAAUUGGGAGUAAUCGAUUACGUAAUCUAUUGGAAAGGUACAAACGUUCAAAGCAAACGCUAACCAAACUGAAACCAAAGUAAUAAGUAAGUAAGUCAAAACGUGUUUAACCAACUUCGAUUAAUUUUUAAAUAUUUCGAAAUAAGGGAGCAGAAACGCCAACGCUCUUCGUCUAUUAAUGCAAAUCAAAGUAAACAAAGCAAAAGAAAUAUCGCAAAGAAAAUAUAUAAUUAAAAUGUUGUUAUGUAAUGGUUAGAGAUUCGGUAGCCAAAGCUCAAGUCACAAAAUUAAUUUUAAACGUAAAACUUAUAUAUAUAUAGGUACAAAUAUAUAUAUAAAGAAUCGAUAAAAAAAAAGAAGUGAAGAGUCUUAAGUAAAUGUAUGAAAUAGAGACUGCAUCGUUUGCGAAAGCCUAUUAACCAGGAAUUUAACAGUUGCAUUCAACAUUGAAGACAGAGAAAAGUAAUAAAGUUGUAAUAUUAAUUUAAUAAUAAUAAUAAUAACGACGUACUGCAUUUUCGUGUAUCGUUUUUUGUAUGU